CCUUUGGAGUAUUCCUUUGACCAAAGUGAGUGAGGAGGCAGAGUCACAGAUAACAGCUCACCUCAGAUAUCAUUUUCUGCAGCGCCAUGUAAAGUCUUAUGGACAAAGCACACCGUCAGAGGAGAAAGGGGUGGAUGUGCUGCAUCUGCUGAAAACGCAGGGGUAUUUAUUCAGGGACAAAGCAGCUUUCAAAGCCUUACUAGAUGGAGGACUCGAUGGCACUAAGGACGCUCCUCAAAACCUGCUGCAGAGUUUGGUGGCACUGGAAGAGGAAGAAGAAGAGGAAGAGGAGGAAGACCGUGUUUGUGCAAACCAGGAUAUCACCUCAUGGACUGAAAGUGUUUCCGAAAUGGUCAAGUGUCUAUCGGAUGGAUCUUCUAAUGGUGUUGUCAAGAGGAAGGAGGACAACACCUGCAGUGCAACAGGAGGAGAACCUCAUUCAUUAGGUCUCACAGUCGUAACAGAUGACCUGGAAGGUGCCAAGAAGAGGAGAUUCAUGGUCUACAUAUGUGGUGGAUACAAAGACACGGUGGCAGAGAGGAGUGUGUUGAUGGAGAGUGUGUUCCCUCGCAUGUACCUCUACUGCAAACAGAGGGGCUAUGACUUCAGGAUGGUGGACCUGCGCUGGGGCGUGGGAGACCCCGUGUCAGAUAGACAUGACACGGCAGAGCUGCAUGUGGAGGCCCUCACACAGUGUCAGAAAACACUGGGGCCAAACUUCAUAUUAUUCCUUGGCCAGAAGCAUGAGGUCCAGACCCUGCCCAGCACUAUCUCCAGAGAGGUCUUUGAGGCCAUCGUGAGCGUGGUGGAGAGAGACAGACAGAAGAUGUCCAAGAGAAAACACCCCGAGAUGGACGACAUCAUCAGCGACUCCCAGUCUAAUAUCGCCACGGGAAGUGACACGGGCAGCUUUGUUCCAGAACACAACGACGAUCAUGAUUCAGGAGAUCCAGCUCAGAAUUCCGGGUUAAUGAGCGAUGAGAGUUCUGUAUCCCAUAAUUCCCUCUCUGAUGCAGAUGAGACAUGGGUAAGUCCUGCGGGGACGAGGUGUUGGGCAGACUUCGACCGGGAUCUGAUCCUACUCCAGACGUGGUACAGACUGGAUGAGAACUGUGUUCCUGCUGUGUACCGCCUACUGCCUGUGAGCACCCAACAGCCUGACUUCCUGAGUAGAGAUGGCGAGCGCAGGAGGCAGGCGAGGAAGGCUUGGCACGCAACUUGCUUGCUCCUGUGGGGAGUGCUACAGAGGAGUGGGACAGAGGCACUGGGGGGGGAGGUGGCAUCUCACCUCCUCAGGACAGUGCUAGACUGUGAGGUAGAGCAGGGCCUCCGGUCGCUAGGAACCGAGGCCCCUCCAGAGGAACACUGCCACUGCUAUAAGAGGGUCAUCCCUGACCUCCACCACAGCCUGAGGAACGAACACGCUGCCCACUACAUCGACCUGCUGAAAGGUCGACCGCAGGUCAACCGCACCCUGAAUGCAGCACACCAGAGCUUCGUGGAUCGCAUUCACAAAAAGUUGCGCCACACCAACAUCUAUGAGCGUAACGUGGACUGGGGAAUUAAGGGCCUGAACCCCAAACACAACCGAUCCCAUCAGUUCUACACAGAACACAUCUCCUCCCACUUCCAGAGGACUGUCAUCAACUCUCUGAACAAAGUUAUGAAGGGGAACAAAGCCAAAGGCUCCUUUGACAUCAGAAGGAGAGAAGCAUCUAGAAUGAGGAUACAGGAGGAGAUCCGUCGCCAUGUUAACCACGGACACACUCUGGAAAAUAACCAUGUGUUGAGAGAAGGCUUCCUGGGUGAGAUGAGGAGGGCUGUGGAGGAGGGGUCUUCUCCCAGGCCUAUCCUCCUACUGGGUCCCCCUGGCUGGGGCAAGAGCACCACCAUGGCCAGAGUGGCACACCUCGCCCCCUCCUGGAUUACUGGAGCUGUGAAGGUGCUGGUGUGUUUCGUGGGCCUGACGGGGGAGAGCAGGAAUGUGCGUCUGGUUCUCCAGAACUUGUGUGUUCAGCUGGCUGAGACCUACAGCCACCACACUGAACUCUCUGAGGGUCUCCCUCAGCUGGUGAAUGAGUUCCACUCCCUGCUGGGUCAGUUGAGGGCGGACAGCCCCGUAAUCCUUGUGCUGGACGGGUUAGAUGAUCUUUCUGAGGAGCAUGGAGCAGACCUCUCCUGGCUGUCUACACCUCUCCCUCCUCACGUCCACCUCGUCCUGUCGGCCACCACAGACUCUGCCUGCGCCCACACCCUGCAGAAGUCAGCCCAGCCCACUGUCCUGUCCCUGCCACCCCUCAGUCCUGAUGACAUCACUAAGGCUCUAGAACAUAAACUCCAGGCUGACCACCGCAGGCUCCAGGACUGGCAGUGGCAGCUUCUCCUCCAGGCCUGCCUUUCCUGCCCCUCCCCUGUCUACCUGGAGGCUGUCUAUGCUGAGUCCGUCCUCUGGACCUCCUUCUCCCCCCAGGGCAGCCUGGGCCUCCCGCCCGACCUGGGGGGGCUCUACGUAGGCCUGCUGGCUUGCUUGGAGAGGGCCCACGGGGAGCAGCUGGUGGCACGGGCCGCCGCGGUUAUUUCGCUCUCCAGAGGGGGCGUCACGGAAGAGGAGCUACUGGACCUGAUGGGGAGAGAUGGGAAGGUUCUACAAGAAAUAUCGCUCUCCCAUUCAUCCUGCACUUCCUCCUCCAGCCUUCCCAGGGUGCCGUGCGUGCUGUGGGCACGGCUGAGACGGGACCUUGGGGGUCACCUGACGGAGGCGGAGACAGACGGGACGUGGGUCUACCGCUGGACCCACUCCGAGCUGGGGAGGGUGUGUGUGAAACGGUACCUCAAAACGGACGAUUCCCGUAAGCUUCUACACGCAACCUACGCAGACUACUUCCGGGGUACGGACAGCCAACACAGAAACAUAUUUCAGCCCCUGGCGUGGACACUGGAGGAGGACUCGACGAAGAGUUAUGUGUUUAACCUCAGAAAGCUCCAUGGCCUGCCUUACCACCUGGUUCGCUCAGGCCAGAUACUGUCCUUCCUGUCUGAGUGUGUGUUUAACUAUGAGUUCCUGCUGCACAAGGCCUGGGGUCUGUCUGUGCUCCAUAUACAAGAGGACCUGAAGGGCGCCGUGCUGCCAGAGAAGGAGUUGGUAGAUAUGGAGGUGUUGGCAGCUACUCUGGAGCUUUCCAGGCCCGUGCUGCUCCAGGACCCCUGCCAGCUGGCCUCCCAGGUUAUAGGCCGUCUGGGACAGAUAGUUGCUGAAGACCUCCCCGUGGCUCCAGGUGACCCACAGAAGUUUAGCUACCUGCAUGACCUGCUGGCCCAGUGUGCCCGUUCCUCUCUGCCAGUCCUGGUGCCCUCCUACAGCUGUCUCGUGCCCCCAGGAGGGAUCCCACAUACCCUGCUGGCAGGCCACGCGUCUACAGUAACGGCCCUGACCAGGGGACAGAGGGGUCUGGUGGCAGCCACCUGCGGUGGGGACGGCACCCUGAAGGUGUGGGACCUGGAGCUGGGGCGCGCCGUGAGGACUCUGGAGGGGGCGGGGGGCGUGGUAGGCGACUCCCUCACCCUCUGUCUGGAGGACAGGGUCCUGGUGGUCCGCAUGGGACAAAGUCUGCAGGUCAGAGAGGUGGAUUCUGGGAAAGUGAUCUACUGCGAGAGUGACUCUCUGGAUGUUCCCGUGGUAACCACCGCCUGUGACGGACAGCUGCUGGUGGCCUUCUAUGAUGGAAGUCACCUGGUGAAGGUGUUCGACCUGGCCUCGUCGUGCUGUCUACUGUGCUGUGUCAACAUCACCCUGGACUGUGACCCCAUCCAUAAAGACCAUUCCAUACUGGUCUCCCACAACUCCAUCAAAGACUAUGUCCUUUUCGCCUACAGAUCUGGAGGUCAGGCAGCGGUGUUUAGUGCCAGAGGGGGGGCUGUGUUGUCUGUCCUCAGAGCUCAGCACGGUGCUGCCUCCAUACAGGGAGUGGAGAUGACCGAUCAGUACCUACUGCUCUUCUGCAGGUACCCUUACAAGCAGGACAGUGAGAUCGUUCAUAUCGAGCUGUUCAGCACAGCCAGUUUCGAGUACCAGCGCUCCGUCCUGGGCUGCAGCCAGGACUACAUCUCCCAGGUCACCGUCAACCGGGCAGGGACGCACGUCGUGGCCUUCUGCUCCUCCCCCCUCACCGGCAUCACGCAGGUCGUGACAUGGAACCUGGAGACAGAGGACCACAAACACAUCGCCCGCUUCCCCGGGAUAUUGACUGCAGGUGUGUGUUUGGAGCUGCGGUUCUGUGUGGGGGUGUGCAGUGGGGAGAGGUACCUGAGGCUCUGGGACCUGUCCUCCAGGAUCAAUGACCAGACCCUCACCUACAAUGUCCACAAGGUGAAGAUGGACGGCACAGAGGAGGUCAUCCUUAUGGGGAAACACCCACGCUACGCGGUGUGCAGGUCCCUACGGCCCGGCACGGUACGCGUCUGGAACCUGGCCAGGUCAAGGUUCGCAGGUCGACCAGUCAGGGUGGAGCACGGUCUCUAUGGCAACACCGACGUGGCCUUGGUCCAUGACCUGAAGCUGUACAUCCUGACAGACAGAGGGACGGCCAACUUCACAGACACCCCGUCACCCAUAUUCCAGACUCUACUGGUCUAUGACCUGAUCAAGAGGAGCUACGUGAGGAGACAGUCUGGUCUCUACAUCGUCCCCUGUCCCCAACACGAAUAUAGACUCCUGGAGGGACAGCUACUCCUGGGCUUGUCUGAGACGAGGCGAGAGCGAUUCAGUUACUUGAAACAAGCACCAGCUAACUUAGUCCACUACCUGAAACACCACACCCCAAAUACAGUCCCUCUGAGACCCAGAUAACUAUUCCCUCUAGCAUCCUAAUUGUCUCAGUCCCAGAUAACUAUUCCCUCUAGCAUCCUAAUUGUCUCAGUCCCAGAUAACUAUUCCCUCUAGCAUCCUAAUUGUCUCAGUCCCAGAUAACUAUUCCCUCUAGCAUCCUAAUUGUCUCAGUCCCAGAUAACUAUUCCCUCUAGCAUCCUAAUUGUCUCAGUCC